GUUGGGCUUCGCACACUUUUGACCGUCCCGCCCACUGGAAAAAGCACGUUUUUCCACCCUCCCUCCCCCGGUUUUUUUUAUAUGUCUUUUAAAUAAAAAGGAAGAUGCUUUUUUUUUCGCGGCUGUAGCGGUGUCAGCUAUUGUCACUUGUGAUACAGUCUGGGGACAGCGGCAGCCUGAUGUUAACAGAGCUCAGUAGACAACUGGUAACUUUUUCAACUUUGCUUCAGGAGAUGAAAAAUCUUUAAUUGUGGAAUGUAAAGUGUGGAGAUGUUGAGAUGAAAUUUUAUCAUGUACGUCCGAAGAACUCACUAAAGGAACAACGAGGGGCUGUGAAGGAUCUGAUUGUGGCUUUCUUCUUCGUUAUAUUUUUGUCAGAAAGCUGUCUCGCUUGUAACUUUAAUGGUUUUGAACCACACACAACAACUUAUGCCGAGAAAAUUAAGAAGCUGAGCGACAAUCUUCCUACAGACUACAACCUCACUGUCUUCUUCCAGGAUACUGCCAGUCUGGACGAUUGUUGCAUUGAGCUGCAGGCGAUGUUGGUGCUGAAUAGGUCAAUCGGGCACCUCUAUCAUCACUCCAUGGAUAAACUCCAAAAUUUGACCUCCGCUGUCCUAAUGGAGCUAAUAUUUCUAAAGGACUGUCCUGUUCAGGAAUCCUCUAACUGUGAAGUGGUGCGAAUGAGAUCCUCAGAUCUUCUCCAGGACUUGAUGAGAUGCUUCAGAUCUUUCGAUACGAAACAUGACCAGAUGAAAUGUGACUUCAGUCAAUGCACUUUAUAUACCUGCCUAACAGGACGCAUCGAGACAACAUUACCAACGGUAACAAAUGCCACAGUGCCUUCAAUACAACCAGGAAUCUUCACCAAUGGAACCAACAACCUGACAACCAAUGCCAUUCCAACUGUUAUAGGCAAUGCAACCAAUCCCACUCCAACUUCAACCCAUGGCAACCUGACCGGCUUAACCAAUGGAACCAAUCAGUCUCCAUCCUUAACCACUGGCAGCCUAUCGGGCUUGACCAAUAGAACCAACACAAGUCCAACUUUAGCCAAUGGCAGCCUAGCAGAUGUCAACCUGACCAGCUUAACCAAUCCAUCUUCAUCCUUGAUCAAUGGCAGCCUCGGAGGCUUGACCAAUAGAAACAGCACCAUUCCAGCUUUAACCAAUGGCAGCCUAGCAACCGUAGCCAACCGGACCGAUGUCAACCUAACAUCUUUAAUCCAUGGAAACGAUUGUAUUAUGGCAGCAACACUGAAGUGCGACACUGAGUCCUCUCGGAUAGUCACUCCACUGUCACUUCAAACAGUAGCAAUCAUUCUUGUCAUCAGCAUCCUCUUAAACAUGUUCCUUCUUGGAUGCUUAUUGAAAAGGAACAGACAGCUGGCCCCUCCACAUAUGACUGAAAUGGAGCCAUUGUCAUUGGCCAGAGUGGAGGUUGUCGAUGCAUAGGGGAGAGAGCUUUGAGAAGGAAUGAGGAGAACAUGUGAAAAGCAAGAUGACUUCCCAAGGCCUUCUAUUUCGAAAGAGUCCUGCUUCCCGCCAUGUUGGAAGUCUCAGCAUACAUUGUCUGGUCCGUACUCUGUCUUGUGCUGCUGUUCUGCCUCAACUCUACUUUUUUUUAUCCCUUCUCCCCUCAUCAACUCAAAUUGUAAAAUGAACUCUCCAUCAGCAAGCCAAGUUGGGGGAGAGCUUUUCAUUUUUGGAUGGAAAGGAUUGUCAAUCAAUUGGACCAUUGGGGAAGCAGGGAUGGGGAGGGAAGGAGAGAUAUCUUCUUUAAUUAUAUGAACUUUACCAACAAGCAAAAGAUAUCUGGCUCCCUUGAUAACCACAGCUCGUCAACUUUGGCCAAGAGAACUGACAAUCCCCCGCAUUUCUUCUUUCUGCGGUAAAACAGCUUUAAUAUUCACCUGAGAGACCAUUUGUUCCCUCCACCAUGGGCACUGAAAAUGUAUCUUGAUCACGUAGGGACGUGACCCUCCAUCUCCCUCCCCGACCAGGGAAGGGAAGGAUGUUGGUGUUGGAAUUGAGAUACCAGCAGUAACUCCUGGUAGAAAAUUUGACAGCAGAGAAACUGGCCAUUCAGCCCAAGAGAAGUAGUGGGCAAGUGGAAGAUGGGAAAGCAACUUGGUAUGAAAUGUUGGCACUAGAUGCUUAUUGACUUUCCGUGCAUCAGUACCUACGAGGAUCACUGUCCUGCUAGAGCCUGGCUCAAUUGGGAUCCAAAGAAAAAAUGAUGUUAUUUGGACUAUUAACUUACUUGUUGAACUUGUUGUGUUUUAUAAUUUCUUUUGUUAUCUUUUGUGCCUGUUGUUGCCUUACUAUUCCUUUUUUAAUUAUGGCUUCUGACAUCGAGUUCCAUUCUGCCAAGGGAUCAAAUCUGGGGCAGGAUCCAUGGAUCCAUUGGGGGCGAGUCCCCGGUCUAGAAUGAGGAGAGGGCUUGGUUGGGGGAAACCAGAAAGGAGGCAGUGUCUGACUGGAUUGGGACUGCCUUGCAGCAAGCGAUUGUGCAGGAGUAAUGGAAGGGUGAGGGUGCAAGCGGGUGGGGGUUUUGAACUAGGUGAGGAGGGAUGUACCAGAGAGAGUUCUAAGUAUAGCCGGAGAACAGGGUUGUCAUGGGCGGUGGGUGGGGGACCUGUGGAAUGAAUGUAUUAAACUAUCUCCUGAGAAAAGUCUUAGAGGAUUAAUGGGACAAUGAAGAUAUGCUUUUUCAAAACACAUUUUAUUUGUACUGGCUAUUUCACAAGGAACACAUUGACCUGUCAGGAGAGUUGUCAGUAGACAGACAAACCAUUCAGGGACUUUUCCAGCAUUCCAAAGUCUUAGAUUCUGUUUCUGAGCCUAGCAGUGUGAAGGGUUUGGAGUCAGUUCUGAGCCUGUUUUCUCUAUUCCUCACAUUGGACUGGUCCACAUACACCCCCCAAGUGUCUCCUUCCUGUUUAUAGGGAUACCAAGAGUUAAAUGCAGCUGGUGACUGUACCAUAUCUGAAUGCCUUUACUGACUAACUGACACUUUUGCCACAUGUUAGGUUCAGAGCAGUGUGUUUGUGUAUUGAAGUUCACUUUGAUGGAGACCUAGUGUCCGCUGUGGCUCAGUUGGUAGCACUCUUGCCUCCGAACCAUGAGGCUCUGGGUUUGAGUCCCACGCCAGGGCUUGAGCGCAUAAGAAUUGAGGCUGACACUCCAGUGCAUUAGGGAGGGAGUGCUGCACUGUUGGAGGUGCAGUCUUUUGGAUGAGAUUUUGAACUGAGGUUCUGCCUGUUCUGGUGGAUGUAAUAAAAAAAUUCCUAUGGCCCUGAGUUUUCCCUGGGGUCCUGGCGAAUAAUUAUCCCUCAAUAAACAUUGUAGAAAGAAAUGGAUUAUCUGGUCAUUGUCACAUUGUUAACCACAUUCUAUUCAUAAAUGUUGCCAGAAUACAGAUUUUAGUCUGUGAUGCUGACACCACUGAAGCCUUCUGUGAGGUAGCAUUGGUGGAGUAACAAUCUCACCAAGGGCAUACCUUUUUUAAAAAAUACAUGUAUGUAUGUAUUACGGCUGUGCUGUAUCAUGACCAGAGAAUGUGAGCUCAUAAAAACUAUUUAUUAUUCUUUCCUUAAAAUAAAAACAAAUUUUAAUAUUGAA